UCAUAAAUAAAGUGUCCCAAGAAGUUCAACAAAAAAAAAAAGAAUCAGAAUUAGCAACAAUGCAUCCUGUAUUUCAUUUAGAGCAAUUGAAUAAUUUGCAAUUGCAAUGUAUUCAAUUAAUUAAAAUUUUGGUUAGCAUACCUGAAAUUGACAAGUUGCUUCAUGAAUGGCAAAACAAAAUUAAUACAAAUCUUAAUAUUCAAAUUAAUAAUUACAAAUAUGGUGGUGAUUGGUACCAGCAAUUUUGUACUCAUCUUUACGAUUCAAAUAUUGAUCCAAGUGUAAAGCGCCUAGUAGCCUAUCUCUUAUUAGAAAAUGUCAUCAAAGGUUGUUUCAAAAAUGACAAUCAAUUUAUAAAAGAUAUCGACAUAUAUGAUAAAUAUAUCAAGCCCCAAUCAAUUAUUCAACUAGACCCUUCUGAAGAUGCAAAAUUUAAAUACAUUACUGGAUGGUUAAUAUUCAAGAUAACAAAAAAAGACAAA